AUGCACAUCUAUCUGAAUCACUUCAUAUCUAUCUAUCUAUCUAUCUAUCUAUCUAUCUAUCUAUCUAUCUAUCUAUCUAUUUGUUAUGGACACUAUCCGGGUCACUUCCUAUCUAUCUAUCUAUCUAUCUAUCUAUCUAUCUAUCUAUCUAUCUAUCUAUCUAUCUAUCUAUCUCGGUCUUUUCAAAUCUAUCUGAGUCACUUCAUAUCUAUCUAUCUAUCUAUCUAUCUAUCUAUCUAUCUAUCUAUCUCAAAUUUCUUUCUUUCCUCGUUUCUUUUUUAUUUUUCAUUCAAUGACUUUUCUUUUUCUUUCUUUACUUUUCAAACUUUAUUUGUUGGGUUACUUUUUUUUAUAACAUUUCCCAGAUUUUUCAUUCUUUUCAAAAAUGUUUUCUCUGUUUCAAUUCUUUCUUCGCACAAGUUUUUCUUUUGUCCGCUUACUUCUAUUUUACAUUCACUCUCUGAGACCUACACGGUGCAGACAGUAGAUAACGAAAGCUCGUCUCAUUUCCAGUCCAUUGAAGUCGGAUUGUCAACUCCACGCCGGACAGAAAUCAUCAAAAUUGAAACAGAGCGAAAUCAGAUUUCAAAGUUUUUGAGACGAAUCGACGAAAACUCGUUCAUUGGCCGUGAAAGAAAGAUACGCAUAUUCUUUCAGGCUAAAGCAAACAAAAUUCUCUGGCUGUUUCUCUCAGCUUGA